GAGUGACAGAGGCUGCAAACUGGCGCCGGAGGUAGGAGCAGUGCUUGGUUUACAUCUGUGUGUUUGCUCUGAGCGUUCCCCACACCGGCAGAAGAAAAGCCAGCUGAAAAACGCGCUGUCCCCGGUGGUGUGCGGGCCGUUGGCGUGGCAGUCACCUCUUGUAAUACUGCCCCGGUGGUGCACCUUUGGGCUCCCAUCUGCGAAGGCUUUAAAGAAGGAGGAAACAGUUUGUAUCCGAAGAACAGCGUGGCCUUCCAGCUCUGAGGAUUUUGGAGCUGGGAGGAACGGGCUGCCGUCGUGCGCGGCUCAUAAUCUCAGGUCUGCAGGGCUGCCUCUGGCAGCGGUGAAUAACAGCGCUUCGGGGAAGACUAAUAUCCCCUAUUAUGCACCUCGCCAAUUGGGCAACGUCAGGAAGGGAGAGAUGGGAGGGAGAUUAUCUCCUGACCCCUGCGGAUCGUGCCCUGCAGUGUGGUGAUUACCCUUCCCGCAGUCUAAACAUGCUUAAGUGCAGGUGGUAGAAGUUACAGUCAUCUAAUCCUUUUGGGGAAAAAAAAUGCUGCCCCAGCUUUGUCUCGAUGUGAAUAAACCUGUUGCGGCAAAUUGCGCUCAUUCAGAGCUCAGCUUAAUUUGCAGAAAUGGAGCUAACAGCUUGUGGAAUCGAUGGGGCUGUGCGGACGCGGCUGUUGUAUGGCUGGGCUCGCUCAGCGGGCGGCGUUCUGCGCAUCCCCUCGCUGCUGAAAAUCUUGUUUGCUGGUCUUGCUUUUGCCUUACAGCCCGAUUUACUUGAGGCCAGGGACAAGAAUAUGGUGUCCACAUAGGCGUGAGAUGUUAAAUGCGAGCUUAAGUGUCGGUGCGAGCUUCCUUCCUUUUCUCAGCUGGUAACAAGCUAAGAAAGUGUGUUUGGGCUGUAAUUUCCUAUGGGUGGGUUUCCCUUAGCCUGUAGCUUCGGUGGGUGCUGUCUCAGUGCUGUUCUCUCACCGGGGCCAUCUUUUUGCCCAAAAGCCCGCUGUCUCCAUCUGUUGUGUCUGGCUCAAGUAACGCAACACCUUCCCCAGACUCAUCACUGCAGUGCUUUCUGUAGCGUCUGGCUCCUGGUGGCUGCAGGACUGCUUGGGGUUAUCCUCUGAUGGACGUUCCAUCUGAGAGUGGCAGGAUGGAGGACAUUAUCGGACGCCUGAUCUUAGCUCUGCAGCAGUGCGGCUGCUCCGAGAUCUCUCUGCUCAGAGAUGGUAUGGAUGGAGUUCAGAGGAGGUGAACAAGAACGACCGAAGCAGAAGAUACCUUUUGUAAGACAAUCUUGGAAGGGCUAACUGUGAGGAUCACAACCAAACUAUAACCAAAGAGGGAGCACAGUGUGCUUUUUUCAAAUAAAAGCUGUGUAACCAGGACUGUUUCAAACGACAUCCAUUAUUUAUUGGCCUGGUUAGCAAACAAGGACACCUUUGAGUACGGCAAAUGGCGAGGUCAGUUUACGGUGCUUUAUACCAGCUGAAGGCCUCAGACUUUUACUUCUCACGUACCAUAUUCAGCAUGCUGCUGUUCUGUCACACGCUGGUUGGAGCCUUUCUUCCACUCUUCCUCCUUUCAGGGAAUUGGGUUUCAGCAAAGAACAUUAACUUUUACAAUGUGAGACCUCCACUAGACCCCACUCCAUUUCCAAACAGUUUUAAGUGCUUUACCUGUGAUAAUGCGGUGGACAAUUACAACUGUAACAGAUGGGCUGAAGAUCGGUGGUGUCCUGAAAGUACGCAGUACUGUCUGACAGUUCAUCUCUUCACAGACCAUGGGAAGAGUACAUCGGUCACCAAAAAAUGUGCUACUGGGGAUGAAUGCCAUUUUGUAGGCUGCCAUCAUCACCGGGAAAGUGGUCACACAGAAUGUGUUUCUUGCUGCGAAGGCAUGAUUUGCAAUGUGGAGAUCCCAACCAAUCACACAAAUGCAGUAUUUGCUGUGCUGCACGCACGGAGAACCUCGGGUGGCAGCCGGCGGACGGUCAGCAUUGCAGUGCUUGUGUCAGUCAUGGCAAUUGCAUUGUCGUGAUGCAGCAUCCUCCCAUUGCACCACUUGCCUCUGUGGGCCCUUGGAAAUGGUAAGGAGCCCAGUAUACUCAAGGAGAAACCACCAAGACUUCUCAAUGACAUAAAAUGUGAGAGGACAGUGGGAAGGUGUGUACAUCAUGCAGUCCUUGGAUGUUCUAAUGAAGAUAUUUCAAAUGGUCCGCAGUAUUUAAAGAAGACAGACAAGACAUACACACAGAAGAAGCACAACAGAAAGCCCAGUGGUGACUGGGCAGUGAGGCAGAAUCAAGUUGUUAUGAUUCACAAUGAGAUGAGUUAAAGGGGAGCUCUCCGUGGACCGUGUGCCAAUUUGUAUUUUAAUGGAAACUGCUUCUAAGCUGUUUAUCACUAUGCAUGAAUGACAUGGGCUGUAAGCUAUAUGUAAGCUUAUCAUUAGUUAUGGUUUUCACAGAGAACACAUGUGAAAGAAUUUUUUCUGCUUUGAUCAGAGCUAUCAUUUCUGUGGGAAAUAAAAUCAUACUUUAUGCCUCUCUUUCCUAUAAAAUGUCUCUCACUGGAAUUAUAAAACAAUAUGAAAUUACGUAGAGUUUCUGUCUGAAAAGGGUGAACUGGUUGAGCACCUAACUCAGAAUUCUUUACUGUCCUCAGUGGCAGUAUUUUCUUGCAGUGGAGUCCCACCUCAAGUGCUCACUUGAUGUGCUCUCCUUGAUGGAUCAGAAGUCAGCAACUGGAUAUCCCAGACCUCUGGACAUAGCUUUAUCUAGCACUUGAAAAGUUUGGGCCAAACUCUGUUGCUUUUUUUUUUUUUUUUUUUUUUUUUUUUUUUUUUAUUACAGUAUUACAGUGAUUAAUGGGGUUUAUUUGUACAGCUUUGACGAUCUGAAUGCUUGUCGUAUGGAUGACAGUUCAUUAAUUAGAUGAACAGCUACAAAUACAUCAGUGAGAUGUACUGGAACCCCAUUUUGUUUCCUUCUGUGAAGCCUGUGAUGCAGACCAGCACUCCCAGGCUGCUCCAGUGAGCUCCCACCCCUUUCCAGCUCUGCAGUUGGAGGCUGUCCUCAGUAUGGUCCACAAUAAGUCAGAUGUACAGUUACUUCAUUAAUGCUCUAGCUUAUUUAUGCUCCUUGCACUGCAAACUCACUGAUGGUACAGGCCAGCAGGUACUGAUUUCAGAUUGUUAUCAGGAUAGUACUAUAUUACCCUGAAUCUAACAAAUUUCAGCUGCUCCUCUUUGCCAAAUUGUGUUUCUUCGAGCUCUCCCUUCUCUGGUGCCCCAAUAUUCCAGCACUGAUAAGGAUUUCACUGGAACAGGUUGCCCAAGGAGACUGUGGAUGCCCCAUCCCUGGAGGCACUCAAGGCCAGGCUGGAUGUGGCUCUGGGCAGCCUGGUCUGCUGGUUGGUGACCCUGCACAUAGCAGGGGGUUGGAACUGGAUGAGCAUUGUGGGCCUUUUCAACCCAGGCCAUUCUGUGAUUCUAUGAUUUGACCCAACAAGGUUGGAGAAUUACGUUUCAUUUCUUUUUCUGAAUAAAAUUAUGAUUCAUUUA